AUGCCUGCAGGCGGCUCUGCAGGAGCUGCAGAGAGGGAGCAGCCCCAUCCCACCGGGUGUCACAGAGAUGUGGCAUCAUCUGUUGGGGUGCUGCAGUGCUCUGCCGUCCCGGCCUGGAGCUCAGCCGGCUGCCCACAUCCUCCUGCUGCCGCCCUCCUAGCGCCUGUCCUGUGCCCGCAGGUGGCUGCCCUGGGCUGCGGUGCAUUCGCGCUGCUUUUCGAUGACAUCGAUCCCUGCAUGUGCCGCGCUGACAGAGACGUCUUCCCCUCCCUGGCCCAGGCCCAGGCCUCUGUGGCCAAUGAGGCGUACCGGGAGCUGGGCCUGCCUCCCACCUUCCUCUUCUGCCCCACAGAGUACUGCAGCUCACUCUGCUCCCCCAGCCCCGCUCAGUCCCGUUACCUGCAGACCCUCGGCCGGGAGCUGCUCCCAGAGAUUGGGGUCAUCUGGACAGGCCCAAAGGUGGUGUCCCAGGAGCUCUCGGUUGCAUUGGUGGAGGAGGUGGAGCACGUCCUGCAGCAUCGCCUCCUCAUCUGGGACAACCUCUUUGCCAAUGACUACGACUGCCGACGUGUUUUCCUGGGCCCCUACACGGGCCGUGCCCCUGACCUCGUGCCCCGGCUCAGUGGGCUGCUCCUCAACCCCAACUGCGAGCUCCAGGCCAACUUCAUCCCCAUCCACACUCUGGGCAGUUGGUUCCGCAGUGAGCUGUGGGGCUGUGCCCACACCGACAGCACAGGAACAGAGGCUUCAGCAGAGCCGAGGGAUGGCCAGGGCCUGCAGGAAGGUUACAGCCCUCAGGAGGCUCUGGAGCUGGCACUGCUCGACUGGGUGGCUGAGAUAAAGCAGCAGGUGCUGGAGGCAGGAGGAAGGACUCCACUGCAAUCCAGCACUGGCUGCGAGGAAGAAGCAGGGCUGCAUCCUGGCACAGCAGGAGGGCAGGAGGCCCUGCUUGGCCCGAAGCCUUGUGACACUGCUCCCAGUGGGGCAGACCAGCAUGAACCUGAGCCCUGUGACGUGACACCAGGGAACAGAAAGAGGGAGGCAACCUCAGUGCCUGAAGAGGGCAAUGGGAGCAGGACCUCCACCGGUGGCCCACGGAGCCCUGCAGAGGAUCAGGACUGGCUCACUUCAGGUAGCAGAAUGAGCUGUGAGCCCUCCUCUGCUCUGCCCAUCACAGCAGGGAGUGAUGGGUCGGCAGGAGUUCCUGUGGCUGAUGAGACCCUCCACAGCCUGGGGACACCAACGUGCUGCAGCAGAGGGGCCAGCACCUGCCAAAGCACUCCCCUGGACAGCAGUGAUGUCAGGGAAAGGGGCAGCAGCCCUUCUGGCAGUCCCCAGCCUGGGGCCAGCACUGCUGAUGCGCUCCAGAUACCCUCAGGGUCUAGGGCUGACCCCAGCCCUGGCCCCAUCUCACAGCUUGUUGAUGGGGCCACCAGCCCUGUCCCCACAGCACUGCUCACUAACGGGACUGCCGUAAGCCCUAUCCUCUCUGUGCCACUUAUGUCAGAGGAGGCCAGGUUGGACUCCAGUGCCCCACUGACCAUGGAGGAGGCGCGGAUGCUGGUGGAGCUCUUCUACCUGCCCUACCAUCAUGGGCCACAGGCGCAGCAUCUCUUGGAAGACCUUCAGUGGCUGCGGGCCAACAGUCCCAGCGUGGGAGUCCCCAGCGGAUCACCAAACUCCUGUGUGGUUGCAGAGUGGCGCAGCCGGGCCCGCUCCUUCCAGCAGCUCUGUGCCCAGACGUGCUGCCUGCACAGCCGCUUCGUCUGCAGUGCAGGGCAGGCGCUGCUCUACGACCUGCACCCCUACCUGUGGGACAUCCGCAACCUGCUGCUGGCUGCCAGUGCCUUUGUGCUGUGGUUGGAUGGCCGCCUCCUGUGUGACCCUGACCACAAGGGCACCUGGGGAAGCUGCUUUGGCUGGUGUCAGAGCAUCACUGCCCCGCUCUUCCCAGGGGAGGACGCUGAGCCCUGGGUGCGCCGUGGGGGCCUCUUUGGAGAGCUGCAGGCACUGCUGCCCGUGGGGAACAGCUGUGACCUCUUUUGCCAUCCACCUCCGCUCUUCCCAUCCCGACAGCUGUACGUCCUGCGCCCGCUGCUGCCCCAGGACAAGGGAAAGCUGUACCAAAUGUUCCAGGAGGGUCUGGACGGUGAGCCCAGCACUGUGGAGGUCCUGGCGGCCCACCCUGACCUACUGGGUGAUAGGUGAGACCUGAUCCAUGGGGACACCCUGGAUGUAUGCGCAGGCAGCAUGGAAGCAGCCAGCCAGGGCCCUCCUCUCAUCCCUGCAGGGAGCAACUCUGCCUGUGCCAUGGCCACUGUGGGACUGUGGUGUCAGAUGUGGGGCAGAGAGGGCGUAUCCAGUGGGGACCUGGUAGCUGCCAUGGGGAUAGAGAUGUCUGGUCCCACUGGUCCUUGUGGGGGUUGCAGUGUUUACACUGGCAGAGGGCAUCAUUAGGGCCUCAGUGGGUUGGGCGGGGUGCUGGGUGCUGCGUCCCAGGAGUGGAGACAGCAGGCAGCUCUGUGCUCCCUCCGUGCUGGGCUCAGCCCCAGCUCAGCGGUGCCCUGCUCUGUCUGGCAGGGUGCUGGGCAGCUUCCUGAGCCUCAGCCCUGAGUACACCUUCGUGCUGGAGGAUGAGGGCGGCCCCUGUGGCUAUGCAGCUGGAGCGCUCUGUGCUGAACGAUUCCUGCGAGAGCGCGACAGCAGCUGGCUGCCGGCCAUGCAGCGCAGGUACCCCCGGGAGCUGGGGAUCCUGGGACAGGUGAGGGUGUGACUGUGGUGCUGGGAUGGAGUUGGGGAGGGAGGGUUCCCUCACUGUGUAUCGCCUGCAGGGUGUCUUGGAAGAAGCACUGCUCUUCUUCCACACGAAGCCGGUGGCUGUACCGCUGCCCGUGCUGCGACGCUUCCCCUCCCUGGUGCAGCUGGACACGGCCCCGCGGGUGCAAGACGUGGGUGCCAGCCGCAGCCUGGCUGUAAGCCUGCUGAGCGCCCUCAGAGCCAACGGCUCACGGGGAGUGUUUUGCCAAGUCAGUGCUGCAGACCACCAGCAGCUGAGCUUCUACAGCAAGCUGGGCUUCAUCGUGCUGCCCUUGCCCUGUCCCAGCUCCCCUGGCAUGCAGCUCCUGGGACGUCUCCUCUGAGCGAGCAUCAGGGGCAGGCAUGGGGCAGCACCAUGGGGCCCCAUCCUACACAGGAUUGCUGGAGGGAUCGGGAGUGUGGAGCUUCUCGGGCUGGGCAGGGAUGUGGGAGCGUGGCCUGGGGGUGAGCGAGGUGCUCCUGGGAUUUGUGCAGUGCACCAGGCUGUGGGCUUUUUGGCAAGAGAGAAGCACUUCUGCCCUUUUGGGAGAUACGGGCACUGGGGACCUUCACUCUUGCUGGCUGAGCUCCCUGCAGCCAUGCACGGCAUCCCUGGGCUGUGCAGAGCUCCCAACCUACAAGUGUGGGGUGGUGGUCCUGGGGCACAGCACGGUAGUGUGCCAGUCCUGUGGGUGGGGCUGCCCAGCUCUCCAUUCCGGUGUGGACCCAGGCUGGGAGGCUGGGGCUGGUUCUCGGCACCCAGGAGCUGCUUUGGAUCAAGCUUGCAUGGGGCACAGCAAGGCAGACCCAAUUCUGCUGCCCGAGGACUGAAGAAAGUGCUAUCCUUGCUAAUAAAGCAUUUGCUGGCCUCAUUGUAGGUCAUCUCAUGGGGAAAGCAUUGGGAUACCACCGACUCCUUCCAGCAACCCACAGCUGCCAGCCACCCAGCCCCGUGCUUGCAGCCAGCACAGUGGGACCUCGGCUACAGCGGCAGCCAC